AUGCCGGAGGUCGCCGCGGCCAAAACGGAGCACGGGCGCGGAAACGGACGCCGGCCGCUUGCCACGCCGUCGUGGGCGGAGCUCGCCGCGACGGGCGCGAGCACGGCGGGCAUGGGCGGGGACGGAGCUCGGGCGAGGCGGGCACGGGCGCGGACGGCGCCGGCCGCGUCGGUCACGGGCGGAGCCGAGCCGGAGGCUCCCUCGCCUCUCGGCCACGCCGCGCGGGGCUCGCUCGCCAGGACGCCGCCGAGGACGCGGCACGGGCAUGGGCGGGGCAGGCGCGUUGGCACGGGCGGGGCGGGCGGGCACGAAGCGGGGCGACGUCGACCGCGUCGGCCACGGGCGAGGCGGGCAUGGGCGGGGGUGGCGCUUGCCCCGACGGCCACGGGCGGGAGCGGCCAUGGGCGGGGGCGGGGCGGGCACGAAGCGGGGGCGUCGGCCACGGGUGGGAGCGGCCACGGGCGGGGCAGCGCCGCCCGGUCGGCGACGGAGCAGGUCGAGUGCGCACGGCGGCGCCGGAGCCGGCCGCGUCAAGCACGGGCGAGGGCGGAGCACGGCCACGGGCGGGGCCGAGCCGGCCGCACGAGCCACGGGUGGGCGAACCUGGCCGCAGGCGUCACCUGCCAGGAUGCCGCUGAGCUCGUCGCCGGAGCUCGUCGCCGGAGCACGGGCGGGCAGGGCCGAGCUCGUUGUGCUAUGCUGUUUCUUGGCCAACUAGUACUAGUACAUGGCUAG